UGGGCUUGUUCUCUGUUUGGUCAAUUAGUGCAGAAACAAAAGAACAGACUACUUAGUGAAGAAUGCUGUCUGAGGCAUAUCUCAGUGGACUUGCCUACUGGAAUGAUAUCCACUGCAGUUGUACAGCUUACAAUGAGCAGGUGACUGAAGAAAAGGAAGACGAGAGUUCUGUCGCUGCUCUUUCCUAUUCCUCGGUGGAUGAAACACAGGUCAGAAGUCUCUAUGUGAGCUGCAAAUCCUCUGGCAAGUUUCUCUCUCCAGUGCAUUCCAGAGAGAGCCAACGGAGCAUAAGUCAGCGAGUCACAGUGCUGCAGACAAACCCCAAUCCUGCGUUUGAAAUGCCAAACUUAGCCGCAGUUGAAAUAUACAGGGACCCUAGCAGAGAAACCUAUUUAGUGCCACCUUCCUGCAAAAGUAUUUGCAAGAAUUAUAAUGACUUACAGAUUGCAGGAGGCCAGGUGAUGGCCAUUAGCUCAGUGACAACUGAUUUUCCCUCUGAGAGCAGUUUUGAAUAUGGUCCUUUGCUGAAGUCAUCUGAGAUCCCUUUGUCCAUGGAGGAAUCCCUUUCCACUCAGCUCAGCGACUUCCCCCAAAAGCCUAUUCAGCGGCACUCAUCCUACUGGAGAAUAACCAGUAUCAAAGAGAAAAGCAGCCUGCAAAUGCAGAACCCUCUUUCAAAUGCAGUGCUGAACGAAUACCUGGAGCAGAAGGUGGUGGAGUUAUAUAAGCAGUACAUUAUGGACAACAUGUUUCAUGACAGUUCUCCUACCCAGAUCCUGGCAUCUGAACUCAUCAUGACUAAUGUGGACCAAAUUAGUCUUCACGUGUCCAGAGAGAGGAACCUGGAGACUUCAAAAGCCAGGGAUAUAGUCAUCAACCGCCUGCUACAGUUAGUGUCCUCUGAGAUCAGCACGCCUAGUCUCCAUAUUUCUCAGUAUAGCAGUGUGAAUCAGUAG